CAAAAUUAAUACUCUGUCUACUCUCAUGGUUUGGUCUGUCUAGUAUCCUGAAAACUUCUAGAAUCUGUAUUUCUUACAACAGUCAAAUAUCAGUUAUCUGGAUUGCAGAUUAUUUAUGCAAGUUAUGGAAAGACUGUUAAGGUUUGGCACAAGCACAGUUCCACUGUUUCUCACACCACUUUACCUCUGGGAUCAGUGUUGCCAAUCUUCUGCAGCAAAACACACAGAAAAAACUCACCUGGCAGAUGCAACCUGGUUUCCAUCCGGCAAGCCCAUCCAGGUCAGGUGCCUCCUGAUCUCCUUAUGAAGACUAGUGCUGCUGGGGAAUACAAAUAGCCCCCACUCCACAGAUGUCUGUGCCCAGAAGCUCUUUGUGUUUGAUACAAACCCAUGUGAACACCUGGACCUGGCUGACCUCUAGCAUGGUGUUGAGCUCAGCAAUAGGCCAGAGGCUGGGAGAGCAGUGUUGAUCCCAAGGGACAGGGCUGGCCCCUAAAGAAAACAUUAUCUACCACAUGUUUUUUCCUGGGAAUAUGCAGUCUAUGCUCCUUUUUAUUGUACCCAAGUCUCUGCACUUUCUGGCUUCUAGGAGGAAGUGCUGCCUGAAUGCAGCACCAAGGCACAUGCUAGGCUUUACAUUUGCACCGUGCCGUGCUAUGCUAGAGGCAGAAAGCACAUCCAAAGCACCAAGGAUAGCAUAGACCAUGGUAGUUUCUUUGAGCAAGGCAGAUGAGGUCCAGACUUGUUGUUAAACUACAGCUAAAAAAGAGUAUUUGUUGCCUACUGGAGAUACUGGUGGUACUUUGAACCACAUUCUCUCUGAGCUAUACAUCCCUCAUGCAGUACACUCCUGCAGACCUUUCUCUUUGGUCUGUAAAUUAUAGAGGUUCUGGCCACAUAUUCUGAAUUUAUCUAAUUUACAUGCUAAGAAUCACCAUUCAAAAGUGAUUAGAUUCCUCCACAGACUGCUAUAGAGAAUUUAGACUCCUGAAUUUAGGUGUUGGGUAUCAAGCAAUCAAAGUAAUUGAAAGUAGAUGAUGUAUGCAUUUAGCAGAAUGGGGUUCAAAUCACACUAUUACCUCAUAUUCUAUUGUCCAGAAAAAUCACUUCAGAAAUACUUAUCUAAAAUUUACUAGGAAAAAAAUGCAGUGUGAAAAGGAAAUUUCAGCUCACUGUUCUCCUCACUGGAGAUGUUCUUCAGUUCAAAGUAAAUGAAAGUAGAAAUACUUUAUACUGAAGUACUCAGUGUGGGUAGGGACUUGUUUGAAAGAAGAGUGCCCUCUUGGCACCUGUUAGGAAAGAGGGAAAGUGAACAACUAACAUCAUUUACAUGCAAGAUGUGCAAUAACUUAGAAUACUUCUAUUAGAGAAAAAAUAUUAUGAAGUUGAACUGAUUGAAGGACUGCAAGCCAUGUCUGGAAACCUCCAGAAAUGAAAUCUUUGACAAAUAUUCCUAUAGACAAAUGCUGCUCUGACAGUGGCUGCAGCCAGAAAUAGGAAGGUGAAAGAUCUUGAGACAAGUAAAAAUCAUGGCCAAUACUGUCCAUUUUUGAAGGGUAAAUUUAUAUUUCAUGCAUGAGCGAAGCACUGAAGUAGUCUCCCAGAAGGCCCAAAAGAGCUCACAGGCUGAAAACCAACAGCAGCUGGGAAAGUUCUCUGGCAAUGAUGACAGAUGUGGGUAGGGAGGCAGCAGGAGUGGUGGUAGAGUUGAAGAGUGGCAGCACAAAUAACAAAAGCUCCCUUUUACCCGGCAAUGCAUGCCCUGGAGUUCCACAUACUGCAGAGACUGACUAUUUUAGCUACUUCUUAGCUUGGAUUAGGAUGUUAGUCUAUCUUUGGACUGCUGCAAUGGACAUGUGAGAAGGUGCUGGGAUGGCUGGAGAAGGUUGUGAUCUGCAGUCGAGCUGAGGGAGACGUGAAGCGUUGUCCAUCCCCUGCUGACAUUUGAGAGGUAGGAGUAUGGAUCUUCGGCAUCUGCUGUUUACUUUGGCACUGAUCUGUGCAAAUGACUCACUUUUUGCAAGUGAUGCCAGGGAAGAAGAUGCACCUGGGAAAGGACAGAGAGCCCCAUCAUGGAAAGCAGCUGCUGUCAAAGACCUCUUGCAGUGGCCACAAAUCAGCAAAUGCAGAUCACCUGAAAUGGAGACAUUUUCGUGUUUUUGGACCGCUGGAAAUUUUUAUAACCUCACUGUUCCAAGAAUACUACAGCUGUUGUACAAGAAGAGUAAUGAGGAAGACUGGAAAGAAUGCCCUGAUUAUAUCACUUCAGGACAAAAUAGCUGUUACUUCAAUGCAUCUUACACCUCUGUGUGGACACCAUAUUGUGUUCAGCUUGCCAGUAAAAAUGAAGUAUAUGAUAAAAAAUGUUUCAGUGUUGAUGAAAUAGUACUACCUGAUCCCCCUGUCCACCUUAACUGGACUCUGCUAAAUACUAGUCAGACUGGGAUCCAUGGGGAUAUCCAGGUAAGAUGGGAUCCACCACCAACAGCAGAUGUUCGGAAGGGAUGGAUUACUCUGGAAUAUGAAUUGCAGUACAAAGAAGUUAAUGAGACAAAAUGGAAGGAGUUAAAACCCAGGCUCUCAACAAUGGUUCCACUGUACUCUCUGAAGACAGCAAGAGAUUAUGAGAUACGAAUCCGAUCAAGACAACGAACUUCUGAAAAAUUCGGGGAGUUCAGUGAAAUCCUCUAUGUAUCAUUUUCUCAAAUAGGCAUUGGAUGUGAUCAUUGUACAGAAGAAGUUGAGUUUCCAUGGUUCUUAGUUGUUGUCUUCGGAGUGUGUGGGCUGGCUGUGACAGUGAUCUCCAUCAUGCUGUCUAAACAACCAAGGUUAAAAAUGCUUAUUUUUCCUCCUGUGCCAGUUCCAAAGAUUAAAGGGAUUGAUCCAGAUCUUUUGAAGAAAGGAAAGCUAGAAGAAGUGAAUUCCAUCUUAGCCUGCCAUGACAACUACAAGACACAGCUAUACAGUGAUGACUUGUGGGUUGAGUUUAUUGAGUUGGACAUAGAAGACCCUGAUGAAAAGAACAGAGCCUCAGACACUGAUAGGCUCCUGAGUGAAGAUCAUCUGAAAUCUCACAGUUCCUUGGGAGCAAAGGAUGAUGACUCUGGCCGGGCCAGUUGUUGUGAACCAGAUAUUCCAGAGACAGACUUCAGCGCAAGCGACACAUGUGAUGCCACCUCUGAUAGUGAUCAGUUCAAAAAGGCUACUGAAAAAGAAGAAGAUCUCUUGUGCCUUGACAGACAAGAUAAUGAUGAGUCACUUCCAAGCCUUGCCAACACAGACCUGCAACGCCAGCAUAGGAAUUCUCAGUCUGAAAACAGCCACCAGUGGGCACCCUUUGGAGACAGUGUUGAGUCACCCCGUCCAUCAGCCCAUACCCAGAUAAGCAACCAGAAUUCACUGGCAAGUACUGACUUUUAUGCUCAAGUGAGUGAUAUUACCCCAGCAGGCAGGGUUGUACUUUCACCAGGGCAGAAAUCCAAGCUGGGGAGAGCACAGCGUGAAGUCUGCACAGAACAAAGCUUCACCAUGGACAACACCUAUUUCUGUGAGGCAGAUGUGAAAAAAUGCAUUGCUGUGACUUCCCACGAAGAGAAUGAGCCACAUGUUCAGGAACAAGGCUAUAAUGAAGAUGGUUACUUCACCACAGAGAGCCUUACCACUACUGUUGCCAGUCUUGGAGCUUCAACAGCAGCACCCCCAAGUUCAGAGAUGCCUGUCGCAGACUAUACGUCGAUCCACAUCGUUCAGUCUCCACAAGGCCUUGUGCUCAACGCCACUGCGCUGACGGUGCCCGACAAGGAGUUCAAUGUGUCUUGUGGCUAUGUGAGCACAGACCAGCUGAAUAAAAUCAUGCCAUAGCUCUUUUUUUCACUAGGUAUGUGUAGUGUUUCACAGCAGAGAGUCAGUUUUGGGCUUGUAUGCUGAAACCAAAAUGAAGUCUAAAAGUUUUUCGUGGUUCCUAUAAUUUUAUCUGAAAUGUUGCAGCGUAAAAUAUACAUCCAAAUAUUCCUAUUGUGUUCUGUAAAUAUUAUCUAUGAAUUUGUCUUGAGGUUGUUUUGUCUUGUUCUUGUGGGUGUUGAUUUUUGUGAAAUUAAACAUUGAAAUUACUGUUUAAUGUACAGUAAAUUGUGCAUUUUGAUAAAGCUAAAAAUCAGGUGGUUUAAAGUGUAAGAAUUUAGAAAAACUGCUGUUGGCAGAGAUCUUUAUAUCAAUAGUUGGGAACUGAUCAUACAGGUGAGAACACAAAAGUAGCUUGACUAAAUAACACAUCUAUUUUGAUUUAUAUAAAUUAGUAAAAUAUAUUUUAAUACUCUGGUCAUAAAACCAUAAAUAUUUUCUACUACACCAAAUAUUGUAGUUCAAUUAUGGUGACCCAUUUAAGUAAUGUAAUUGCUGCAGUCCUAAAAAGGAGUUUUCUGUUUUUAAGAAUUUUGUUCACAGCUAAAAGAAAAAAUAGGUUUUUACAGAGCCAUUUUAUACCUCCAAAGAAACCUAUAUAAAGAUUUUGGAAUAUUGUAGGAACUUAAAAGUAACUGAUUGUAUUACUUUCUUAUGGUAAGUAUUAUAGAAAUAUACAUGCAAUUUAAAGUUCUUUGUAAAAUUUUAAAAUAUACAGCAUACAGCAAAUUAUUCUGUUCCUCAUCAGAUUCUAGCUAAUGGUAAUAAUAAUACACUUUUUAUAAACAAAAUCUUGUUGACCACAGUAUUAAACACUGUGCAACUAAAUUUUCACUGAAUAUUUUUGAAAAGAUGUGAAUAAGCUCUGAUAACUUAGCAGCAUAAUAUCUUCAUAUUUGACCAACUUUUGAAGCCCUUCCAGAGCCAAAGGUAUCAUUAUUACAUUUAUUAGUCUGUGCCACAUAAAGUCUUUAUUUAAAAAAAAUAAAUUAAGGACUUCAGAAGUUAGCCAGCAGUUAAUUUUUAAAUAUAUAACAGGAUUAAAAUACUACAGUGGAACAAGGGGAUCAAGUGCAGUAUUGUUCAAACGUGGUUUUUGUUUUUGCAGCCUAACAGCAUCUCCUCUGACCGUGUUAGGCAGACUUUCAGAAGGAAAGGAGAGAACUGAAACUCAGUGGGGAAGCUCUCUUUGUUCUUGCAUGUGUCAAGAACCUGACAGAGCUUUGCAAUUAACUCUUAUUGUUUCAGGAGUUAUCUUCCUAGGCCAUGGUUUCAUCACAGCAAGGUUCUUCAUAGAAGGCAAAUAGGAACAUUCAUUUCUUUACUCUGAUUUGAACAGAAGUGUAUGAUGUGCAACAAAUUCAGGUCUUGCUUAUGAUGUCUCCAACUGAACUCACUGAUGCUCUUUUUGUGACCAAGUGCUACACAACUGGGCCCAACUACUGGGUGGGAUUUUUAAGUUUAGCACGUACUUUAUGGUAAAUGUGCAUUAGAUAUUCUGCUAAUUUGCUGCUAUAAUUUUCUAACAGCUGCAUUAUUUAGUUUCAUAUAAAGUUUCAUAGAUGAUAGACACUAAUGCAAGUAAUGCCUAUGUGUGUGUUUGAAAGAAGUUUCUUACUCUGUUUCUAUUGCCAAAAAUAGUUAAAUACCUCAGUCAAACUCAGAAUGUCAUUUUGGUACUUUACUGGUCACACAAGCCAUGAUAUGCCGGUCAGAAGAUGUGUCUUUCAGUUUCUAUUUAACUUUCUCUAUGUUAGUGUUUUGUUUGUUUUUCUCAAAGUUUAAUAAAUGUAUUGUCUUUGAUCUGUCUGGA